CGCCAGGAAAAAACCUUUACGGACUGAGGUGGAACAAUUUGGUUAGUUCAAGUGAUUGUAGGAUCUGAAAUCUCCCCUGAACCUCCACGUCCCAUCCCGUAGAUGUAGCAUUGUUCCCUGAGUUAUCCCCUCUUCGUCCGCCCACGAACCCCAAGUUCACAUCCCACUGGAACGGACAUCGGCGGUGCCCUCCUCUCCAUGCCAAUGGCGGCGCCACUCCUCUUCAGGCCAACGCCCCACAUCACGAGAUCCUCCGUGCACAUGAACCAUAUCAGGGUCGCCGGAUAGCCCGUGUGUGGCCACAUCAAGAGAUCCUCCGCGCGUAGCCGACGUGGGCGCUAGACCUCACUGGUGCCCUUGUCUCCGUCCGCGCCUCCAUGAGCAUCUCUGGGUCUAUGCCUCUUUCCUCAGCCCCUACACCGCUGCUACGGUCUCUGUAUGGCGCCACCGACAACAUCGACGGGGCCAUCGCCUCCGGGCUCGGCCUCAUGAUCGUCGGCCUCAACCCGGACAAGCUCGCCGCUGUCUCCGAGGAGAUCGGGUUCAAGCACCCCAAGACUGAGGUUUGCACCUUCGUCCUCAACUUCAGCGAGGGGCCCUGGUUAUGGAUGUGCCUCCAAUUUCGGCCGUCUCCUCACCACUCAGUCCGAUCCCCUCCUAUAAGUACACACCCAUCAUCAAACAGAAUCAAUUUGGUUGUGGCCUUGAAAAUGGGUUACAUAGGGGUAUGUGUGGUGAGUGCUCGAUGGGUUGGGGACAGACGAGAGGAACAUAGCUGCCGCCGAUUCGGUCAGUCCCGUGCUCGCGGCGUGGCUAUGAGGGAGCUGCGCACUUGGGCACUCACCAAGGAGGCCACCGCCAGGUUCAUGUCGUGAAGCUCGUAGAGAUCCCUGCAUCGGAUCAUCUCAAAGAAUGACAGGCCGUGGCCUCAGGGUCAGUGUUUGUCCUCUUCCUCUACACUACUUGUAGUUUCUACACGCA